GUGGCGCACAGACCUGCGGCAGCCCUCAGACAGUGGGAAGUUUUCGCCAAAGGAUUCUGUCUAAAAAUUAAUCACCUUCAUGUCGACUCUGUUGGAUACUAACCUGCCGAUGCUAUGGUUACCUUUAUUACGAUCUUACAGGUGAAUCUAGUGAUGUCCAUCCUGCUGUAUGUGAUGGUCCUCGUGUACCUCUAUGGUAUCCAGGCAACCAACAUGGACAGCAGUCGCCAGGGGCAACAGCAGCAGCAGCAGCCGAGUCCCGACCCCUUAAACUCGCUCAUCAUCCAGCUGCUUCAGGCCGACCUGACGAGGGGGAAGACCAGGGGGAACCAGAGCCAACAGGGGAAGAGCCGGGACCCGGAGCCCCAGGACACGCUGCCUCCCCUCCUCAGCGCAAACUUUCCUCUGGAGGAGCAGGGCGAUGCGGAGCAGUGGGGGAUGGGGGGUCGCAGCGGAGGGAGCAGUGACGACGUGGUCGACCAGCAGGUGAUGCUGUUGAACACGGACCUUCUCAGGCAGCACAAGCGGUACAACUCGCCUCGGGUGCUGCUGAGCGACCGGCCGCCGCUGCAGCCGCCACCGCUGUAUCUCGCCGACGAUUUCGUGAGCGGCGGACUGGACGGCGGGGCGGCAGCGAACAAGACGCGAAAGAAGCGGUACGCUGAGCACAGGAGCUAUCGUGGGGAAUACUCUGUGUGCGACAGCGAAAGCCAGUGGGUGACGGAUAAAACCCAAGCAGUGGACACUAAGGGGGACCCUGUCACUGUUCUGGCCAAAAUUAAAACCAGUGCCACGCAGGACAUCAAACAGUACUUUUAUGAGACCCGCUGCCGGACCCCCAGGCCCUUCAAAGGUGGCUGCAGGGGCAUUGAUGACAAGAACUGGAAUUCGCAGUGCAAGACGACUCAGACGUACGUUCGGGCGCUGACGCAGGUCCGCAAUUCGGUGGGCUGGAGGUGGAUACGCAUAGACACGUCCUGCGUCUGCGCAUUGUCAAGGAAACGUCACAGGACGUAAACAAAGCAAUGCAAGCCCCGCUGGGGACUACCUGUUUGGAAUUCUACUUCCUGUAUAGGAUUUUACUUCCUGUUCACAGUGCUCCCUGCCACAGGAUUAUGCGUCAUGGCGGCGAAGAGCGACAUUCUGCUAUAAAACGAUGCUUCUACUGAAGAAACCUUGGGUCCAUUUAAAUGAUAUUUCACAUUAACGUGCUGCAAAUCCACAAGCCAGUGCA